AUGAACACCAAAUACGAAAGCCCGAGCUCGCAGAUGCGUGGGUAUGGCGAGAACCCGUUUGUGCUGACGAAAGACUGCGAUUAUCCUCCCCCAUCCGAGCAGACAACGAACAUGGCAUCGGGUACUGCUGGGGGUGACAAGCUGGCCGACGAUGACGACGAUGUUGCCAUCCCUACUCCCAUCGCUACACUGGUAUUCCAGGACGGCCGUACAGAGCCUGUUUACAAGCCUUUAGCUGGUCAUGAACAUCUAUUCAAGGCACGACCCAUGACCAACGCCCAGACAUGCUUCAGCCGUCGCGCGUCAGGUGUGAAUCGUCCUCUCCAACCGGCACCAACCCAAGUACCAGGGAUUCCCCAGUGCAUACCGGUAGUGCCAGAGUCAUCUCACACGGCUCCGCUUCAGAAGGAACCCUCCCCCCGGAGGCAAAAGAAGCCUGUCACUCACAGACAUGGUUUGUUGAAAUCGAAGAGCUUGAAGAGGACUCGGUCCCUUGGUCAGGGGCUGACACCAAGUCGCAAGGUUGAUGCUACUAACGACAACCUUGACGAUAACCAGACCAUUGAGGUCGUGACCGAAGAGUCUUUUACUUUCUACAUCGGCGACGUCGACGCAUUCAAGGACUUUCUCUACCGUCGGUUCGACGAGCUGACCAUGAAGCCGCUGCGCGGUAUCGUCACACACUGGGUCAAACUUCUUGAACCUAGACGACUCGGUGACUGGGGCAAGUACCACGAGAUGCUUCCUUCUGAAGCAGAUACCCCACCGUGGUGGCCUAAGACGGUCAUCUACAAGGAGCCGUCACAUCUGAAGAAGAGUGAGCUUUCGACGCUGGCGGUAGAGAUGAUGCUUGUCCAUCGAGAAAUUGACGAAAUGAAACGCAAAAGCGCAUGGAUCAGUAAGCUGCGCGACGUGGCCAAGUUUACAAUCCAGACGACAUCAGCCGACCAUUUUUCUUCGUCCAAGGGCGCUGCUCACAGCGAGGAGAUGAAGAAGCGUGCGCUUGAUCAGAUUCUGCCCAGUGUGUUCGACGUUGCGCAAACAUACGAAGACCACAUCAUGCAGUACAAUCUCUUCGAGGGAUCUGGCAAUGCAGACCCGGGCCGGGGCAAAUAUCACACAUGGAAGCCCAUCCCAAGGCCCACCAGACGACCGCUAACGAAGCGACCUCGUCGAGCCGUCGCGAACAAUGCGAACGCAGAGCAGGAAACGAUAUGCGAAGCCUCGGGAGACGAGACCGAGCCUGAUGACACUAUGGUGAGGCUGACUACGAUGGCUCCGGGACCCCCACGAACUGGCCCUUUCCCUCGACCCUUGACUGCCCAAAGCCAGGCCGAGGUUCAGCCAUCUCGCCAGUCUACCACAGCCCAGGACACCUGCCAUCAGGAAUGGAAAGUAGGCACAGCCGUGUCCACUUCAGGUCCUUGCACGCCGACGGCAUCUCAAGAUGACUGCAAGACGCAUUGCGCCGCAUCCACUCCCAAUUCGUCCUUUGACCAAUCGUUGCACGGACUGCACCUAGGAGAAGAAGAGCUAGAGAUGAAGCCAGAUGUACGAAGCAUGUCCGAUCACGGUUGCAUGCAGCUACCAUACAGCAUGGCCUCGUACAGCCAGCCCGUAGCUUACCCUACAGCGCCGAGCAGCUUCGAUGGACAGACUUACCAGCCCAACAGUAACUACGCAAGCCAGGCUCCACCUCGCUUUACAGCGAACGAUGCAACGUUUGUCAAUCCUUUCACCAUGUUCAAUGCGCCUCCACCUCCCAUGGACUAUACGCAGUAUGCGUCCCCCAUGGCGAGCGCCCCUGGCUAUCUGUACGAACAAGGCAUGUUCGCAACGACACCCAUGAGCUUCCCGUCCACACCCAUAAGCAUGCCAAUGACGCCGACGGACCCUAACAUGGGGUUCCAUGGCCUGCCACCCGACUACGCCGUCGACCCUCGAGGGUUGCAUCAUUUCUGA